AUCCACCACAUUGCUGACGUGCGCUUGCAUGGAGCACCUGCUUGGCGAGGAGGCUGCGCCCAUCUCUGCGCCACAACCGUGCUCUUCUCUGACUUUGGACACUUUUGAAACGUGCUGUUAUUUUUCAUCCGUGCGCCUUCGAAAAUCAUGAUUCAAAUCCGAAGAUACAUUCGCAAUUUGAGUUUUGAUGACACAUUUUCUGUGAUGCGCGGAGAGUUACGCAGCGCCAGUGCGCAUUGGAACAAACUUUGAACGCUUGAACCACCGGAAGAUUUAUUUCUUUUUUUUAGGAAUGAUCCAAGGUGAAUCACCGCUUGCUUGAGGGGGUUCCGCCAGUUUUUUUUUUUGUGGGUCUGGAUUGGACAAGGGGGACUAGGGGAAGUCGUGAUCGGUCCUGAAGAAUCACACGACUGUAUUAAGGAACGGAGCGGACGCGCGGAUGAGACAACAUGGGUCCAAUGUUGAACGAUGGACGAGUGGCGCACCUCCUCUUUCCACUCCUUCUCCUUUUGAGAGUUCCCUUAUUGUUCAGCUUCGUCGAGCGCACGUGCCCAAAUAGUUGUCGGUGCGAAGGGAAGACGGUCAGUUGCGAUUCGUCCGCUUUCUUGGAUGUCCCAGAAAAUAUUUCCGUCGGGUGCCAGGGUCUCUCCAUGCGCUAUAAUGAGCUCCACACUCUGUUACCGUAUCAGUUUGCUCACUUGGGUCAGCUUCUCUGGAUAUACCUGGAUCACAAUCAGAUUUCAGCGGUCGACAGUCGGGCAUUCCAGGGAGUUCGGAGACUAAAAGAACUCAUUCUGAGCUCGAACAAGAUCACGUCGCUGCACAAUUCGACAUUCCACGGAAUUCCCAAUCUUCGUAGUUUAGACCUGUCGUACAACAAGUUGGAAAUCCUGCAACCGGGACAAUUCCACGGUUUGCGGAAGUUGCAAAACCUACACCUCCGCUCAAACGGUCUCUCCAACAUCCCCAUCCGAGCGUUCCUCGAGUGCCGAAGUUUGGAGUUUCUGGAUUUGGGCUACAAUCGAAUCAAGGCUCUCACGCGCACCACCUUUUUAGGGUUACAGAAGCUGAUGGAGUUGCAUCUUGAGCAUAACCAGUUCACCCGGAUCAACUUUUUUCUCUUUCCUCGUCUCGCCAAUCUGAGAUCGUUAUACCUGCAGUGGAACCGAAUCAAGGUGGUCAAUCAGGGACUUCCGUGGACGUGGUAUACGCUGCAGAAACUCGACCUGUCUGGAAAUGAAAUACAGAUCCUGGAUCCGGCCGUGUUCCACUGCUUGCCCAACCUUCAAGUUCUCAACUUGGAAUCCAACAAACUGUCCAACGUAUCUCAAGAGGCGGCGUCGGCGUGGAUCUCGCUGACUUCCAUCAGCCUGGCUGGCAACAUAUGGGAUUGUACCACUGGCAUAUGUCCGCUGGUGGCUUGGUUGAGAAAUUUCCGUGGCACAAAAGACACCACUAUGAUAUGCAGCAGCCCAAAGUAUCUCCAAGGAGAAAAGAUUAUGGAAGCCACAAGGAACCACGCCAUUUGCGAGGAAACCGAUUACGUUCUGACCGAGACACCCUCGCCGAUGUCGGAGCUUUUUUCCGAAGCCACCAACGAGCCGACCUUUGCCCCCACUAGCGGUUCUCCACUCAUAUCACCAACCUACCAUCCGCACCCACCAUUUCGACCGCAACCUAUUCCUCGCCCUACGUUCCCCGGGCACAUGAGUAAAGAUCCAAGAGACUCGGUGGCACGUAGUCGACCCACUCACAUUCUACCCCCAGAGACGGAACAUAUGACUCUGCAUAAAGUCGUGAUUGCUCCACCAGCGAUCCAUGGUGGGGAGAAAAUGUCGCAAAAAAAGUCCCGAGCCGGAGCAGGACCUAAGCACCCAGCUGCAAGAAUAUUACAUGAGCUACAACCCUGCCGCCAGUCCGGAGGCAUUGGAAGUGCUUGGCAACGGCACUGGCUCCUGCACUUGCACAAUGUCUAGCUCCAGGGAGUGUGAGGUAUGAUCCAUCGCAUCAGCCUAAAAGUAGAAAUCAAAUUCAAAAUACAAAGCCUCAUCAGAAAGGUAAAUAUAUGAGCAAGUAUACCCUCUAAAAUGACUAAUUAACUAACCUUGACUCACAUUUUGACUUGCAACAUCACUUAAUGCCUCCAAUUAUUCAGGUGUUCGCCUUAAGAUCAGCAUUUUAAGACUGUUUUUAAAUGAACUGAUGUGGAGGUUUUAGAGGAUUAUGCUGGCCUUGGAAAUAUAAAAAAAAAAGCAUAAUUGUUUUAAUUUACUGAGCUCACAGAUGUAACAUUAAAAAAAAAAAAGAUUUGGAUGUAAGGGAAUAAUGAAUAAUUGGACACUAACACUAGUAGAAAUUAUACUGCACCGGUUUUGCAUGACUCACAAUUUCGGUCAAUAUAUUUUUGUUUUAACAACACUUUUGCUAUUUUCUUUGAGACUGAAAGAAAUGAUUUGAUUUUUACACAGUAUGAAACUGAAAAAGUUUCUAUUUUUCUCAGGGGAAAAAUCUUUUAUUGGGUUGGAAUUUAUAGAUGGCUUAAAGUUGAGCCCUGUGGGACACCACACAGAGAAAAUGACAUAUGAAAAGAAGUUUCCAAAGAAUUAGAUAAAGAAACUUUUGUGAUGUAAUAGCAUAUGGCAAUCUACAAUAAUUCAACACAAGGGUUGCUAACAUCGCGGCUUUGAAUUGUCAGGGAUGGAAAAGAACACAUUUGUCUCGGUGGUCAUUUAAUUAAGCAUUCUUUGUGUUUGCCAUCCUGCGAGUGUAGCCUCUCCCCCUUUGAGGCGGCAACGAUGCCACACAGCCACCCGUAGCGCUCGCUUGACAUGUCUAAUUUCCCCACAAGACCCGUUCCACUUGACAGGCAUCCCUCCACGAGCCAUUUAGAGGAACACUUUCAUUUUCCGCUCCCUGUCCCCUGUACAGAGUCACUUUUAAAGGAUUAGGAGCUGAGGUGCGACUGCCGUAAGCUAUACUUACUUUCAAAUCUGAUCCUCUAAUUUUCUUCUAAUUUCCAAAUCCCAGUUCAAAACCUCGGUUCCUAAGUUCAAGCAAAAUUAAGUUGCCCCGUUCGACUCAGUGGUUCAGAAUCAUAUCAACAAAAGUACUCGGUGUAUUUCUUUGGUGGUGUGAGCAGCUGUUUGAGCGACAAAGCCAUUUGAUAAGGAUUUUCAGAGACUCAUCACAACAAGGUCUUUAGAACCGGGAAGCAAUUUCAUGCCCUCUUCUCCCAAUUGCUAGGUCAUUCUCAAAAUAAGUCCCCGUGCAGGAUGAGCCGAACAAUGAUGCAUGCAAGGCUAUGCUGUAAUCAUUGUUUUUCACCCAAGGCUGCAGGAUUACUCGUGCAGAAGUAUUGUCACACUCCAAACCAAACACAGAUGAGAGUAUUAUUGGCAGCAUCUGGAAUUCAAAUGUGUCUAAAGCGCAGUUUCCCCUUUGGAAGUGUUCAUAAGUAUAUGAGGGGAAGCAGCUCUGUUGCACAAAUGAUCCACCCACCCCCGCUACUGGGCUAAAUUGAAUUUUAGAAUCCUUUCUACCUACCCCCGUGUUGCUCUUGCCGCCAGCUGUGGGGUAGAAUUGUGUUCUCCAUCUUUAGAUCAAAGCCACCCACCUUCAUGCAGAAGAAUAUUCCCGUGGUAUAAAAUGACGUUGCCAACACGGUGCUAAUAAAUUAACGUGGCGAUACAUUUAUUUGUUGCCACACGGGGGUUGCGACACAAAUAAAACUCCGGCGGUGGGUUGUAUUUCACACCUAUGAUGUUGCGGAAAAUAAUAAAGUCAGCUGAUUUAGCCCUCAGCUCACACCGUGACCCCAAUGAGGACAAGCAGAAUACAAAACGGAUGGCUGGAUCUAAAUAAAAUGUAACAAUCCUCCUACGGGGUUUUCACAAAAUCCUGUUUCUAUUGUUCCUUCUUUGGAGCUCGCAUUUCUCGUUUGCUUUCUAGUUGUGUUGCCCGGUGAGAGAAAAAAGGCCGACUGAUUUUAAAUGAGGACAGAAUAGUGCCUGCGUGAAAUCAACAGCAGUCAGAGGGAAACAACAUCAGCGCCAUGUAGCUCCGGGAUCCUAUUUAUGGAAUUUCUUUACAAGAUUGGACGAUAGGAGAUAGAAAUCUGUCAUAAAACAAGUUGUCGUUUCUUAAUACUCCCUAACUGGUGUCGUAUAAACUCAAUAACGGGACCAUCACAUUCCCGCGGUUGUUUAGUGACACAAUUUAAAGUUGAACUUUUAGGGUAUGUUGGUAAUUUCCUCCAGCUAAAUGCCUUUUUUCCGCCUGUUAUUCAUCCAAGGUUUAGCAUGACACUUUCAUUAAAGGCUGACUCGCGCUUUCGUCUCCCCGGGCAAACGUCAAGCGCCAUUCCGGUGGUACGAGGCAUCCUGCAGCUGUUGGGCUUUGUGUCAACAUGUUUUAUUAAAUCAAUAAGUCACAGUUCAAGUUAACCUCGUAAUUGUUUUUUUUUUGUUUUUUACUGGCCAACAAAGAUACGAACGGAAUCUUCCCUAUCGGCCAUUACGCGAGAAAGACUUGUUUAAAGAUUGGCUUGAGGAAUUAAUGAAGCGAUGCGUAAAACUGUCAACACCAAGGCUCGUGACUCAUUGGAGAUGGAAACCUAGGAUGAUUCGAGCUGGUUAGUUGAUACGAACAUGUAUCAUGCAACUUAAUUGUUGCUAACGAUGAAUCCGAGUGAACCACAUUGCGGUAAAUUGAUUACGCAAAAUGGCCUUUUAGCGAAAAGGUCAGCAUGUUUUCAGAUUUGAGGACGAGCAAAAGGGAAUAACAUAGAAUUUGCCCUACACUUUGUCUUCUCAUGGCAUUUACAUGUCAUUCAUAAAGCUCUGAAAAAUGAUGGUGACAAAUGUCAGGAAUUACCGUAAUUUUCGGACUAUAAGUCGCGGUUUCUUUCAUAGUUUGGGUGGGGGGGCGACUUAUACUCAGGAGCGACUUGUAUACAUAUAUAUGUUUUUUUUUCACUUUUUUGGGCAUUUUAUGGCUGGUGCGACUUAUACUCCGGUGCGACUUAUAGUCCGAAAAUGACGGUAGUCAGAAGCCAAACGAUGCGAGUGAUGAAACGUCGAAUCGUUCGAAGGCAAUCAUUUGCCUUCAGAAAUGUGUCUCGUAUCAACUCGGGAUUAAAAUGGUGAAAAUUGAACAUUGAGUCGUGACUUACCUUUUGGAUUAGACUGUCACACACGGUGAAUGCAUGCCUGGACUCUUAAUAGGAAUUUGAAUUCAAGUACAUCAGCUAUUCGAAUGAUUAUUAUAGUAAUCAUCCCAAUGCAAAAUCAUUUUCAUAGUAAGGUCAAUGUGAAUAUUUUGAGGUCAUUGUCAACAGGAAAAAAAAAUACCUACAAGCACGCUAAACCUCAUCUAACUGAGCCACUUUUGUUUUGUUAUCCGCAUAGCUUCGAGCAAUCAUCUCUCGCUAUCAUAACACUGGAACGCUCCAUAUUUUGCCACUGCCGUCAUAUUUGCUUAAGUGUGAGCCCACUUACAUCACAGCCGGAGUGAGUCACGACUAACAUGCCUACAAGUAACUCUUCAUCACAUCCGAGUCGAGGUAGAUACUAAACGCCCGGAGCUUAAUUGGAUUGUCGAAAUUAAAAACGGCGAACGAUGUUCUUCUGUGCUCUGCUCUGUAUGAAAUUGUUAGAGCAACGCUUGGCUUGCGUUUGGAAAUGAAAUCCCAAAAGCAAAGCAGCCAGAUGUGCGGUCAGUAAACACAAAUUGUCUGGUUGAGAUCCCACAGUAGGAAAGAGACAGGUGGGGGGUUAAUUGGAAACAGGAGGAGUUUACAAAUGCUUCGGCAUUGCGGGUACACGACGAUCAAUUCAUUUUUGCACAUGACCUCGUCUCUGUAUAGCAAGAAGUCGACUCAGAUUCUGAAUGCACCAACUCUACCGUAAAAUAACACUUAUCAAGCAUAUGUUUGAUCAUUUGGAACAAUGCCUUGUUGAUAGAAAUUCACUGACCGUGUCAUGGUUUCACUCGCCUGAUUUGCAUUUCAGUUCCCACUCAUUGAAUGCGAGUGUGAAAGCUCGCUAUCACUGACUGGUGCCAGUCUGAAUUUUGCUCCGAGCCAGCUGGGAUCGUUCCUUACUAUCCUGAACAGGUUAAGCGGUUUACAAAAAUGGAAUGCUGGAUCGCAAAACUAACCAGACUGCGACACAAUUUAAACCUGCUCUUAAGUACCGUAUUUUCCGGACUAUAAGGCGCACCUUCAAUGAAUGGCCCAUUUUAAAACUUUGUCCUUAUAUAAGGCGCACCGGACUAUAUGGCGCACCAUUAAUGCAUCAUGUCAGAUUUUUAAUCCAAAUCAAAUCCUUCUCCAUUUUAUCUUUUUUUAUUUCAACUUCAGAUGCAACAAAUUACUUUAUAAUCACAAAAUAAUGAUCCAUAGACUUUUUGAUUCGUGAUUCAUCGUCUUCAGCGGGCCACUUAUGAUCGAUUUCAUGACACAACGCUUCGGGCCAGUUUAAAUUUAGGAAUUUGGUCCAUAUAUAAGGCGCACCGGACUAUAAGGCGUACUGUCGACUUUUGAGAAAGCUUUUAGGUUUUUAGGUGCGUCUUAUAGUCCGGAAACUACGGUAGUCUAAAAUCCAGUCUACUUUCCCCCCCAAAACAAAUUAGCAGGUGUUCUCAGAACAAAAAAAAAAAAAUCCAAAAGAGCUCAACCAGAAUCUUGGAAUGGAUCGUGAUUGACUGGCAAUUGCUCUGUAUUUCAUCUUUGUUUUACCCUGUGAGGAUAAUUUAAUAUUGCAUUGACUUGUUUUAUACGCUACCACACAAUAUACGGCGACAGAGACUUAGAGAGCAUUGGCAUGGCCGUAGUUCUUAACGCGCUCAUCCAUCACCUGGAUAAAUCACAACCGCCAUAAAUCACACGGCAAAGUGCAGCUGAAACAUGCACAUAUUCACCCGCGUUCUGUAAAUAAACGCAAACACAAUGACACCUCCCCCAAGACGUGCUGGCUCCAAAGCCUGUCGGAUAUGAUCUCCUUCGGGAAAUCUCAGAGCUGUGUACAUACAAAACAUUGCUCAGUUUUUUAGGAUAUUCCAUUUAAUACCACACGGACGUGAAUAUGCACUUCAGUAUACCUGUCAAGUAUUUAUACAGGGUUAUUAUUAAUUCAUGUCAACUUGCCACAUCACUGCUGAUAGCGACGGAUGUUUUAUUUUCUGCAGACUGAUUAUCGCAGGAGGGUUGCGGCCAUCGGUAAUGUCGGGAGAUUCCCGAACGGCCGGUCCUCAUUGUUGAAUAGUUUUCGGGACAUGCUGGACUGUGCGCGCAAUAAAGAUGUUGCUUCAUUAAUCUGUCACUCUAAUAGCCACUUUUUAGUUCUGCUACAUUUUUUCACUCAAAACACAAUCUGAAGCCAUAUAAUUAGCGAGAGUGCUAUCAUCAUUAGCAUUCUCUCAUUCAGAGAACAAACCGCUGUCAAAAAGACAAUUUCAUUUAUACUUUCCUUCUGCCCAUGCGGCCUUGUUUACUGAAUCAUAAUAGAAUGUUAAAUGCAUCUAGGUCUUUAUUAAUCAGAAGGUUGAGUGCUUGCGUGUCUGACAGCGAGCACUCCCGUGAAAAAGCAACUCGCUGUGUACCAUCCAUCAAAUGCUGAUACAAGCUUCUCUGGUUUUCCCUUGUAAAUUUAUUGGGUUUCCUCAGGAAAAAAAACAAACGAAGAAGCUUAGCGCUGCCAUCUUUUGUUGGUAUGCAAGGAGAUUAACGCUGUUCCCUGUUUUUAUCUUUCGCAACAGCCAAUAUGCAAAUACUGAUUAAGCAUCGUGGAUGUUUUUUUUAAAUGAGUCUCAAUGCUUAGUUUAAUAAAAAACUGAUUGUAAUAGCGAUAAAUAGGGCACGAUAUGAAAAAUCAUUUUACUAGUCUUUGCUCGCCACUUUGGAUGAACCUUGCCACAGGCAUAGAUUAAUUAUGUCCAGUGCUGUUUUAAAUGUAAUAUUCAUCCUUCAUCUGGCCUGAAUGAUUUAUUUUGACCGUGCAUGCACACCACUUGUGUGUACCGCUGUUUGCUUUUCAUUAGAAGAGAAAUGGCGGUGGUUAAUUUUGCAAUCAUCAACGAUAGGGAAAAGAUAAUUGAAUGUGGUUGAAAUUAUUGAAAUAAUUAUUUUCUUGGAAACGCAACAUUUCUCAAAUUUAGUGGUCAUCUUUUAUUUUCAGGCCAAAUGUUUUUUUGUUUUUUUCAAAUUGGUCCAGCUCGUUAUCAACACUUAUUCAAGGAAACCGCUAUAACUAUAGAUAACCGUACUAUCACUCAAAGCGAUACUGUAACUAAUCUCGGGGUAAUAUUUGACCAAACUCUCUCCUUUCAAAAGCACAUUAAGAAUAUAACCAGAAUUGCGUUUUUUCACCUUCGUAAUAUUGCAAAGAUUCGUCCGAUCCUUUCGACCGGUGAUGCGGAAACUAUUAUACAUGCGUUCGUCACGUCGCGCCUGGACUACUGUAAUGUACUAUUUUCGGGUCUUCCUAAGUCCCGCAUCAAAAGUCUACAGUUAGUACAAAAUGCCGCUGCAAGGCUGCUCUCUCGGACAAGAAAAUUUGAUCACAUUACCCCAAUACUAGCCAACUUACAUUGGCUUCCGGUCCAUUUAAGAUGUGACUUCAAGGUUCUUCUAUUAACCUAUAAAUCGCUGCAAGGCUUAGCGCCUUCAUAUCUCGUCGACCUAGUUGUUCCUUAUGUUCCGUCUCGUAACCUUCGUUCGCAAAACGCUACCCUUUUAGCGACACCGAGGGCUAAGAAAAUGUCUGCAGGCUCUAGAGCAUUUUCUAUUCGGGCUCCAGAGCUUUGGAAUGCCCUACCAAUGGAUAUUAGGACUGCUACCUCAGUAGAAACAUUUAAGACACGUUUAAAGACACAUUUCUAUGACAUGGCCUUUAACUAACCUGUAGUGGCCGAUUCGGCUGGAGUUUGUUUUCUCUCCCUCUCCACCCCCUCCCUCCCCCCUCCCCGGCCGGGGAGGUGGUUAGGUGGUACCCAUGCUGACAGCGGCUAUCUGGAUUCUCGUGGCCAAUUCAGGAUAGGGGAACUGCAGCUCAACCUCCUCGAAGAGCACUGCCAGGACAAUUGAGGGCUCCUUUCGGCAGCCCUCUGCUGUGACAUGGACAUCCACUUUUUAUUUAAUUGAUUUUCAUGUUGUAUCAUUUGUGCCCUCUCUGCAUCCAUUUCAACCUGGUGAUCCUGAAAGGGGGAUCCUUCCAUCUGUGGUCCCUUCUCAAGGUUUCUCAUUUUCCCCCUGCUAGGGGUUUUUAAGUUUUUCCUUGCCCUUUUGGGAGCUUAAGAUCAGGGGAUGCUUUGAGAAUAAUUGUCAAUUUCUGUCUAUGUGAAGCCCUUUGAGACUGCUUGUGAUUUAGGGCUAUACAAAUAAACUUGACUUGACUUGA